UGGGGUGACAAAGGGAGAUUGAAGAAAAAGCAGAUAAGAAUUGGAUUGUUUGAAGGAGAAUGAGCAACGGUUUAACCGGCAUUGUCAAAGUGUGGGAAGCAAAAUUGAAGAAAUCUCGAGUCACAGCUAGGAGGAGGACCAACAGCAUAUUUUCAGCAAUGUCAGUUGCCCACGUGGACGAUGAUGAAGACAACGGCCUGCCCCACGUCGACAAGAGCUUCCCCAACCAUGACACCUACUCAGGGCAAUGGUCGGACAACUGGCCCCACGGCCGCGGCACCUGCUCAUGGGCUGAUGGUUGCAUCUAUGAGGGGGACUGGCACCGCGGCUGGAUGAUGGGCCAUGGCAAGUUCACUUGGCCUUCGGGGGCCUCGUAUGAAGGAGGGUUCAAGGAUAGUUACAUGGAGGGAAGUGGUGUGUUUGUAGGGUCAUCCAAUGAGAGGUAUAAUGGGACUUGGCAGUCUGACCUCAGGCAUGGUAGGGGGAUAUGUGACUAUGCCAAUGGGGAUAAAUACGAGGGCCAUUGGCGCCGCGGCCUUCCUGAUGGGAAGGGGAAGUAUAGCUGGAUCAAUGGGAACCAGUAUGUGGGGCAUUGGAGGAGGGGGAGGAUGAAUGGGAAUGGGACUAUGGUGUGGGCUAAUGGGAAUAGAUAUGAUGGGGGUUGGGAGGCUGGCUUGCCCCGGGGCAACGGGACCUUCCGUUGGGUGGAUGGGAGUUGCUAUGUGGGGGUGUGGAGUAAAGAUCAGAGUGAGCAGAGUGGGACUUACUAUCCAUCAAGUUCUCAUUCGGGUAGCUUCGACUGGGAUCCCCAAGAGGUGUAUUUGGAGAAUUUGAGUGAUUGUAGGAUCCAUCCGGGUGAGGAGAUUAGUGACCACCCUUCUCUGAAGAUUUUGAACUGGCCUUGUGAUGGGGAGGAUAUGCUCAAGAAUUUGGCCGGGAAGAAUUUGAGGGCGAGCUCCGUGGAUGGAGGGGGGUUGAGCAAUGCAGGCUCAGAGUAUAGUUUUGAUGGGAGUAGUGAGUCGGUUAGGGAUUUGGGAGUGGGCUCCCCCGGGUUGGGGCGGGCUGAGGAUUUAGAUAUGCUGCCUAAGGGGUCCGGGAGACCACAUAUCGUUAUCAAGCCGACCAAGAAGCAGGGGAAUACUAUAUCAAAAGGGCAUAAGAAUUAUGACCUCAUGCUAAAUUUGCAGCUAGGAAUAAGGCACGCUGUGGGAAGACCGGCUCCAUCGACAACCCUUGAUCUAAAAUCAUCGGCUUUUGAUCCAAGGGAGAAAGUAUGGACGCGAUUCCCUCCUUCGGGAUCCAAGCACACCCCACCUCACCAAUCGUGCGAUUUCAGAUGGAAAGACUAUUGCCCGUUGGUUUUCAGGGCGCUUCGGCAAUUGUUUAAGGUAGAUGCUGCUGAUUACAUGAUAUCCUUGUGUGGAAAUGAUGCCCUCCGAGAGCUUUCGUCACCGGGAAAAAGUGGAAGCUUCUUCUACUUGACUAAUGACGACAGAUACAUGAUCAAGACCAUGAAGAAGUCAGAGGCAAAACAGGUGCUUAUCAGGAUGCUUUCCGCUUACUAUAAGCAUGUACGGGCCUUUGAGAACACCCUCGUCACCAAAUUUUACGGUCUCCAUUGUGUUAAGCUGACCGGCGCUGCACAAAAGAAGGUGAGGUUUGUGAUCAUGGGGAAUCUAUUUCGCACAGAAUAUGCCAUCCACAGACGUUUCGACUUGAAAGGCUCCUCCCACGGCCGCCUGACUGACAAGCCUGAAUCAGAGAUUGAACCAACCACGACCCUCAAGGACCUCGACUUGAACUUCAUAUUUCGUUUGCAAAACUCUUGGUUCCGAGAUUUAUGCAGACAAGUAGACAAAGAUUGUGACUUACUUGAACAAGAAAGAAUCAUGGAUUACAGUCUUCUUGUUGGUGUUCACUUUCGAGACAUGUCCAAUGCCGGGGAGCCCCUACACACGGGUGCCCGAACUCCUCUUGGCAACGGAUCACCAGACCUUAGCCAUGGUUGUGGCAGGUUGGCAUCGAUCAAACUAGGUGACCAUAUGCCUGCACGAGCCGAGCUGACAAUAAGGAAAAACAGCGAGGAAGCUCAGCUAGUAGGGGAGCCAACAGGGGAGUACUACAACGUGGUCCUUGUGUUUGGCAUCAUCGACAUCUUGCAAGACUACGAUAUCAGCAAGAAGCUCGAGCACGCCUACAAGUCGUUCCAGUAUGACCCGACCUCAAUCUCAGCCGUGGACCCCAAGCAGUAUUCCAAGCGCUUCAGAGACUUCAUAUUCAGAGUCUUCGCAGAAGACGGUUGAUGAUGGAUAGAUCUUGUUGUAUUUGUAGCUACAAUUUUGUACCAAUUCUUUUUGUCCAAGUACACCACAAAAGCAGCUUUGUACACAACAACGGCGAUGAGAUAUU